AUGCAACAACAGCGCUGCAACCAUCUCAUCAUCGUAUGCUGCCAUGCAAUAUAUCUCGGGGGUCCUACUCGCGGGCUAUCCGAAGAUGAAUGGGCCAUAGAACCAUUCCAACGAGGCGAAACUUCAACAUUCACGGAACAUGCCAAGGCCGGAUUGCAGGCGUUGGCGAAUUAUCCGCGUGGAUUACUUGUGUUUUCGGGGGGACCUACGAAGAGAGGGAGGACGGAUCUUGCAGAGGGCGAGUCGUAUAUGUACCUGGUGAAAGACAACGACUACUUCGGCUAUUCGCAACGGAUAAAUCCCUCGCAAGUAACCACAGAAACGCACGCGACGGAUUCAUACCAGAACGUGCUAUUCUCUCUACUCCGGUUCAGAUUCUAUACAGGAUCCUAUCCGGCGCGUGUUACGGUUGUAACGCACGAGUUCAAGCGGAAGAGGUUCAUAGAUUUCCAUUUUCCGGCAGUUGGACUGGUACCCGUCACUGUUCCUAGCAGAAAAGAUGAGGAGAAUCGGAGAGUUGCUCUUAUUGGGAUUAAUCCUCCCGAGAGCGUGACGCUUGUGGAAUCACUAAUUGCAGGUGAAGAGAAGAGCGGGAUUAGUCUGUGGAAACGGGACCGGUAUGGCGUUCAGUCGGAGUUGGCGGGGAAGAGGGUGAAGCGAGGAUGGCAGGCUGGAAUGGAGAAUGGGCUUUUUGUUGAUGUGGGAUUGGAGCCGGUUGUUGAGGAUUUGGUGCGGUGGGAUGGGGGACGGAGUGGGAAUGAAUGGUUUGAUAAGAUGGAGCAAUUGCCUUGGUAUAGUCCUUAG